GAUGGAUGAAAAUAAAAGUAAACGAAGCCCUUGAUCUUUUUGUCUCCAAGGGCUCGACAAAGCAACAUGUUGUCUCUGGCUGUGGUGCUGUUCCUGACGCACAGCGGUACAACGCAAACGGUGAUUCCGACCUACGCGCACGUGGACGCGGUUAUGAGUGUCACGCUUACCUGUAGUCUCUGCCCGCCGGGAACGUACAUGCACGCGUUCUGCACUGCCACGAAAGACACAGUUUGCUUGUCAUGUCCAACGAACCACUUCACGCAGUUUUGGAAUUACUUGCCAAAAUGUCUGUACUGCACAAAUAUCUGUAAUAGAAACCAGAUUGUUAAAGAGCAAUGUUCACCUACAAGGAACAUAGUGUGUGAGUGUAAAGAAGGUUAUUACAGGCUUCAUGACUUCUGCGUAAAGCACACCCAGUGUCCUUCUGGUUUCGGCGCCAAGCAGAUAGGUACCGUACACAGGAACACGGAAUGCGAGAGAUGUCCGCGAGGAACAUUUUCGGCAGUGGUCUCUUCGUGCGCGCGGUGCGUGAACCACACGGACUGCGGUCAGCUUCCGGUUCUUCUCAGAGGGAAAAGUUGGCACGACAAUGUUUGUACAGCAUGUACAGAUCUUAAGGAUGGAAAGCGUGAAGCCUUGCUCAGGGACGUCCUGCAGGGAUUCUUCUCCCAUGCAAAACUGAAGAUGAGAAAACUGAGUAGAUUCGUCCAAUUGCUCAACCAUGACGGGCGGCCGGACCGUCUCCAGAGAUUUACGCUGCUUCUCGAUGUUAAGAGUUGGAUUGUAACAGCGCACAAACAUCAGUUGGCAAAAUUACCGGAGAUUCUUCGUAUAUCGGGCCUCCGCGGCGCCAAGGGAAAGAUCGAUAGAAUUUUAACGCAGUUUGAAAAGGCUUACAGGUUCUGUAAAGAUAUUUAAUUUAAAAAGCCAGUUUAGGUUUUUAUUAAGUUGUAGUUUCUUUAACAUAAUUUAUCGAUAGUUUAUCCUUUGUUAUCCAACCAGCCAAGUUGUAGCUGAUCUUGAAUGUGUUUUUCGUAUAGCUAUUUAUUUUCUAUCCUGAGUACAUACCAAGAAAACCGAAUAAGUUAACUAAACAAUAUCAGAUCAGUGUAAAGCACACAGCAAACUGUAGCCUUUCGUGUCUUUAAUAAGAACGCACUUUAUAUAUCGGUCCUGAUUGAUUUCUUGAUUGAGAAGUUCACUGUAGAACAAGAAGAAUUGCCCAUCUGCUCACCAAAUGUUGCCUGUGAUGGGAACCAAGAUCUGGCUGUGGAAUUAGUAUAUUUAGCACAAAAUCACAGAACUUAUUUUAUUUUUUUUUUACAUUCCUGAA